UGGAUGCUGGUGUCGGGCUCGCGGCUGCCUCGCGCACUCCGCGUUCCGGCUGCUCAACGCUUCACACCUCAGGUGAGCCUCAGGCUCCGCCCCCAGCGCUAGCCAUGCUGCACCCGUCCCAGCCGUCCUCCAGCACCCUGCAGCUGGUCGCCAACGACAUGACCACCAUCAUGGACCGGCUGGACACCCGCGAGCUGGACCUCGGGGACGGAGACUACGACACCACCGACACCGUGGCCUCCACGGAGCGGCUGCCUUUCUCGGUCAUCUACAACACGGUGGGCUUCAAAGACGCCGGCGGCAGCGUCUACCUGUCCUGCCCCAUCACCGCCAAGAUCCUGGAGGUGGAGCGCUUCACGUCGGCUCAGGACCGCUUCAACGUGACGCACGAGAGGAGCGUCAGCAAGUCCAUGCCUGCGGUGUAUACGAUCGAGAUGAAGCAUGGAGAAUUCUCGUGGAUGGUGAAGAAGAAGGAGAAACACUUUGUGGAUCUUCACAGGGAGCUGAGGACCUACAAGACCUUCAUGAAGCUGCCGCUGCCCACACGCAGUCACACGAUUAGGAGACAGACGGCCUCCAGAGGUGAAGCCAGGCAGAUGCCCAACCUCCCACGAGGGGGCGGAGACGAGCUGGAGAGGGAGGGGCAGGUCUCCAGUCGGAGGAAACAACUGGAGGACUACCUGAACAACCUGCUGAAGAUGCCAAUGUACAGGAACUACCACGCCACGACGGAGUUCAUUGACUCCAGUCAGCUGUCCUUCAUCCACGACCUGGGACCCAAAGGCCUGGAAGGCAUGGUGCAGAAACGAUCCGGCGGUCAUCGAAUUCCCGGCAUGAACUGCUGCGGGCGCAGCAAGAUGUGUUACCGCUGGUCCAAACGCUGGCUGGUGGUGAAGGACUCCUUCCUGCUCUACAUGAAGCCGGACUCGGGCUCCAUCUCCUUCGUCAUGCUGUUUGAUAAAGAGUUCGGCAUCAAGGUGGACUCCAGAGACACGGAGACCAAACAUGGACUCCGCGUGGACAGCCUGUCCAGGUCCCUGGUGCUGAAGUGCAGCAGCUACCGCCACGCCCGCUGGUGGGGUCAGGCCAUGGAGGACUUCGUCCAGAAACACGGCGCCGCCUUCCUCAGAGACCACCGCUUCGGAUCCUUCGCCAGGGAGGAGGUCAACAUCCCCGCCAAAUGGUACGUGAAUGGGAAAACCUACAUGGAGGACGUGGCCGACGCUCUGGAAGAAGCCAAAGAGGAAAUCUUCAUCACAGACUGGUGGCUCAGUCCGGAGAUCUUCCUGAAGAGGCCGGUCGUCGAGGGCAACCGGUGGCGUCUGGACUGGAUCCUCCGGCGUAAAGCGCAACAAGGCGUACGAGUCUUCGUGAUGCUCUACAAGGAGGUGGAGCUGGCGCUGGGCAUCAACUCCGGCUACAGCAAGAGGACGCUGCACCGCCUCCACCCCAACAUCAAGGUGAUGCGCCACCCGGACCACGUCUCCUCCGCCGUCUACCUGUGGGCGCAUCACGAGAAGAUCAUCGUCGUCGACCAAUCGGUGGCCUUCGUGGGCGGGAUCGACCUGGCGUACGGCCGCUGGGACGACCGGGAGCACCGGCUGACCGACGUGGGGAGCGUGACGCUGUCGCACCUGGAGCAGGCUGCUGCUGCAGCAGCUGCUGCCUCUCCGUCUUCGGCUAACGGCGGCGGCGGCACCGUUUCCCGGAGCAACGGCAAGACGGUGUUCACGGUGACGGACUCGGCGGACCAGCCCAAGCUGAAGAGUCAGGGGAGGAUGAGGAGGGCGAGGAUGAGCUUCAAGAGGCACCUGCAGAAACACGGCCUGGCCAGCAGGGACAGCGACAGCGACUCGGAGCCCGACCAGAGGAACCAGUCGGUCCACAGUCUGCGUACCGGUGUAGGCGAGCUGUUUGGAAACACUCGCUUCUGGCAUGGAAAGGAUUACUGUAACUUCGUUCACAAAGACUGGAUCCAGCUGGACAAACCCUUCGAUGACUUCAUUGACAGACACACGACUCCCAGAAUGCCUUGGCACGACAUCGCCUCGGUGGUUCAUGGGAAGGCGGCGCGGGACGUGGCGCGGCACUUCAUCCAGAGGUGGAACUUCACCAAGCUGGUGAAGCCCAAGUACCGCUCGCUGUCCUACCCCUACCUGCUGCCCAAGAGCCACACCACCGCCGGCGAGCAGCGCUACCAGGUCCCCGGCUGCGUCCCCGCCAAGGUCCAGAUCCUGAGAUCCGCCUCCGACUGGUCGGCCGGCAUCAAAUACCACGAGGAGUCCAUCCACAACGCCUACGUCAGCGCCAUCCAGAGCAGCCAGCACUUCCUGUACAUCGAGAAUCAGUUCUUCAUCAGCUGUGCAGACAACAGACAUGUUUUCAACAAGAUUGGAGACACAAUCGCAGAGCGCAUCAUCAAAGCAUACCGGGAGGGGAAGCGGUACAGAGUGUACGUGGUGACACCUCUCCUCCCGGGCUUCGAAGGAGACAUCAACACAGGAGGAGGCAGCGCCAUCCAGGCCGUCAUGCAUUUUAACUACAGGACCAUGAAUCGAGGAGAACACUCCAUCAUCUCCCAGCUGAAGAGAGAGAUGGGCGACCAGUGGAUGAACUACAUCUCCAUCGCCGGCCUGCGGACCCACGCCGAGCUGGAGGGCAAGCUGGUGACCGAGCUCAUCUACGUCCACAGCAAGAUGCUGAUCGCAGACGACAACACCGUCAUCAUCGGUUCGGCCAACAUCAACGACCGCAGCAUGCUGGGCAAGCGGGACAGCGAGGUGGCGGUGAUCGUGGAGGACUCGGACACGGUGGCGGCGGUGAUGGACGGACAGCCGUACCAGGCGGGGAAAUACGCCCUGCAGCUCCGCCUGCACUGCUUCAAGAUGAUCCUCGGAGCCUUCGGCGACUCGUCCAUCGACGUGUCCGAUCCGGUCAGCGACAAGUUCUACAAGGAGGUGUGGAUGGCGACCUGCGCCCGCAACGCCUCCAUCUACCAGAAGGUCUUCCGCUGUCUCCCGUCCAGCGACGUGCGGAACCUCCUGGAGCUGGAGAGCUACCUGGCCCGACCGGGUCUGGACCGGGACGAUCCGGCCCGGGCUCAAGAGGAGCUGAAGAAGAUCCGCGGCUUCCUGGUCCAGUUCCCGCUUCAGUUCCUGUGCGAACAGAACCUGCUGCCCCCCAUCGGCUCCAAGGAGGCCAUGGUCCCCAUGGAGGUCUGGACCUGAGGCGGGGGGGCCCAGGAGGGUCUGGACCUGAGGCCGGGGGGCCCAGGGAGGUCUGGAUCCACUGGGGGUCUGGAUCUGAGCCGUCCUGGUCCCCGUCAGCAACCCGUCCAACACUGUGAAGGUGGUGGGUUUUUUCACCCUGGAUUCAGACUUCCAGGAGACAAACCCCAACUAGCUCAGGACGGGGGUCUGCGGUUCGAUCCCCAGCUCUGUCUCCAUCAGUCUGGGAAUGUGUGUCAACGUGUGUGUGUGUGUGUGUGUGUGUGUGUGUGUGUGUGUGUGUGUGUGUGUAGCAGUGGGAGGUGUGUUUGUGUAUCUUCAUGUGGGUGUACAUACUAAUUUUCAGAGCACGCAGAAAUUUGUGCGCGCGCACACACAUACACACAACACACACACACACACUUGCAUGUUUGUAACAAUAUUAGUGUCUGCAUGACUUGGGAUGUGUGUGAACCUACAGUAUUGUGUGUGUAUGUGUGUGCUGAUCUGUGUCUGUCAUGAGGUGUGUGUGUGUGUGUGUGUGUGUGUGUGUGUGUGUGUGUGUGUGUGUGUGUGUUUGUGUAGACCUGCUUUCACAGGGACACACAUCUCCCUGUAAGUCUGAACCCAGGGCUGAGAAAACCCCCGCAGGGCAUCAUUCUGACUUGGACGCAAUCUUUUCAGACUUUUUGACCCUGUUGAUGAAAACUAGAGACCAGGUCCAGGACUGUGGAGACCAGGUCCAGGACUGUGGAGACCAGGUCCAGGACUGUGGAGACCUGGUCCAGGACUGUCAGGACCCGCUGACUCGGGUUCCCACUGGGUCAGAAGUUCACUAUGCAAAGAGCAUCUUCUCCAUGCGACACUAAACCCCUGAGCUCCUCCUCCGUCUUCUUCUGGGAUGAUUCCUGUCAGAGAACCGGUGAAGUGCCAAAGCCCACGGAGCGAGAACCUUCUUCCUGUCCCUCUGUUCGGCCGGCGCCGUUCGGACCGGCCUUCAGACUGAUCCCGUCCCGACUCGACGCUCUUUGUCUGACUGAACUCUAACAGCUGCAGGAGGCUGGUUUCACCAGCAGGGGGCAGCAGAUUUAAACCUGGAGACUGCAUGGUGUCACUUUAUCAGCUUGUCUGUCUGCCGUCAGGUUUCCUGUUUUUAUGGUCGGGGUUCUGCCACCGGGGGGCAGCGCGCCUCUUUUAAAGCCAUUCUUUAAACGUUCCUAUGCAAGCGAGCGGGUUUACGCGGUGACGUCUGGUUCUAUCACUGUGAAAUAAAUGUUCUGAAAUGCUUCGCCACCAGCAGGGGGCAGCAGAUUAAAGCCUGGAAACUCCA